GCUGCGCAGACAGGAGUGGCGGUUGCUUGUCGUUGCACCAAAGCAUCCGUGGCAGAAAGUAGUCCGUAAACUACGCAACGGUUUUGGCCAUCAAGUUACGGAAAGCGCCGGUAGCCAUUAGGGCUGUUCGCUGGAGCUGCCGACGUCUUCGUCGAGGGACGCCAUCACGACCGUCUGGCAGUUACACCACACAUCGGACAAGCCCAAAGAAGAGGGAAAAAGAAAGAAAAAACGCCCGCACUUGGUGUGUCCGUGUGUGUGUGCCGUCGGUGUGGUGGUGCCUGCGGUGGCGGCGGCCGCAGCAGCAGCAGUGCAGGAUGGCUCGUUCAGCGCUGCUGUCUCCUUGUGGUCACCGGGACUCGCAUCGGUGAUCGUCGUACUGCUCCGGCAACAUCAUCACCACUGACGUGUGCCUAAGCCUAUAAGUGUGUGUGUGUGUGUGUGGUUUCGGCUCCGGCCGCGCACGUUGCUCGGUUGUCGGGCACCAAGAAUGAUGGAUUCCACGACAAAUCCAGUGGGGCCGGUCGACCGACCACGGUGACUGCAGGCGGCCAAUGCCUGGGACAGGUUGUCACUGGCUGGACAUGCUGAGGGGCAACAGGCAGCCGAAGGAGCAGCCUGACGAGUGUGGCGAGCCCAGCCGGAGGCCUUGUAAGGCCAGGCAGCAGCCGCCGCCACCGCCCUCGGUACGGCAGCCGGCCGCUCGUCGCCGCACGCCGCCUGAUGGCGGCCCUAGUCGGCGGCCGGCGGCCAGCUCGACUCGUGCUAGACCUGAACUGGCGGUGGCGGCACGAGGAUUUCGCUACGUGACGGUGCAGCAGCGCCGUACGGCGCCCCGGCGAGCCGGCGAACUGGAGGACACCGCAGUGGUGGACUCCUCCUCCGCAGUCGUUGACGAUGAGCGGCGCGACAGUGAGCCACUGGUGAUGGUGCGUGAUGGUGAUGACACUCUCAUGCUUGAGAGUAGGCCCGAGGAUGGUGCCGCUUUGGAAAAAGCUGCAUCGGCCAUCGUGGUCAGUGCCGACGAGGACGUCCAGGCCCGGGACACGUCGCCCGAUGGUCGUUUUCUUAAAUUUGAGGAAGAAAUUGGGCGUGGAUCCUUCAAGACUGUGUACAAGGGAUUGGACACCGCCACAGGGGUGGCUGUCGCCUGGUGCGAAUUGCAGGAACGGCUCAACAAAAGUGAGCGGCAGCGCUUUCGUGAGGAGGCGGAGAUGCUGAAGGGCCUCCAGCACCCGAACAUUGUGCGCUUCUACGACUACUGGGAGGUGAACACAGCCAAGCGCAAGUUCCUGGUGCUCAUCACGGAACUCAUGACAUCGGGCACGCUCAAGACGUACCUGCGCCGCUUCAAGAAGAUCAACAUGAAAGUGCUCAAGUCCUGGUGUCGUCAGAUUCUCAAAGGCCUGCACUUCCUGCACUCGCGGCCACCGCCAAUCAUUCAUCGGGACCUCAAGUGCGACAACAUCUUCAUUACCGGCACCACUGGCUCCGUCAAGAUUGGAGACCUGGGGCUCGCCACUCUCAAGAACCGCUCAUUUGCCAAGAGUGUCAUUGGCACUCCCGAGUUCAUGGCCCCUGAGAUGUACGAGGAGCACUACGAUGAGUCAGUGGAUGUGUAUGCCUUUGGCAUGUGCAUGCUGGAGAUGGCCACAUCAGAGUACCCAUACUCGGAGUGCAGCGGGCCGGCCCAGAUUUACAAGAAGGUCACUACGGGUGUGCGGCCCCAGUGCUUUGACAAGGUGGAGAGUGCAGAGCUACGAGACAUCAUCGGCCAGUGCAUACGGCUCAGAAAAGAGGAAAGGCCGACCGUCAAGGAGCUUCUGCAGCUGGACUUCUUCCAGGAGGACAUGGGCCUCAAGGUUGAGUUUGUGAACCGCGAGGAGAGCCUGGCUGGCAGUGCGGACAAGGUGGAGCUGCGGCUGCGUGUGCUGGAUCCUAAGAAGCGCAAGGACAAGCACCGCGAGAACGAGGCGAUCCAGUUCGAGUUUCACGUGGAGAACGACAACCCGGACGAGAUAGCCAAGGCCAUGGCGCUGACGGGCAUCAUCAUGGAGGAGGACGCCCGCAUCGUGGCCAUGCUGAUUCGCAACCAGAUUACCGCCCUGGUGCGCGACCGACAGCACUUGCAGGGGCCCACCACAGUGCUGGCGACUCAAGCCACAGCACAGCAGGCCGGGUCUGUGCAAUCCCCACCCCAGCAGCCGCCCCUGGCCGAGGUCCAUCUCGAGACAGCCGACACGAGCGAGCAGGCCACACAGCCACCUGUCCACAGUGUGCCUCUCAGCAUUGCCGAGGGUGCCCUGUCAGCUGAGGGCUCUCCAGAGGACACCCUCCACGCGCCUCCGGUCGAUUCAGCCCAUCGCACAGUGCCCCUGCAAAGUGCCUUUGUGCCCCCUGUUGUGGCCUCGACAGCUGGCCAGCAGCCUCCCACUCAGCAGCAGCCACAGUGUGCAAGCGUUGCUCCGGCAGUGUCAGUCACAUCGCACUCAAGCGCUGCCCCUCCAGCUAUGAUGCAGGUUUCAGCAGUGCCUCCUGCGCAGCCAUCGAGUGGAGUAGCGACAGACUCUCAGCAGCAGCAGCAGCAGCAUCAGCAGCAGCAGCAGCAGCAGCACCAGCAGCAGCAGCACCAGCAGCAGCAGCACCAGCAGCAGCAGCAGCAGCAGCAGCAGCAGCAGCAGCAACAACAGCCAGCAGCGCAGGUAGGAGGUCGUGUGCGCCCACCACCGCUGAGUGAGCUUCCUCAAUUGGUGCAACUGGCCAGGGGCAGCCCCCAGAGCCCUGCCAUCUUAGUGUCCCCUCCGCGAUCGUUUACACCAGUCCCAGCGUGUGUCGCCAGUGGUGACGUGUUUGCGCCAAGCGCAUUUGAGUUGUUGCCGCCACCUGCGCGUCGCAACUCGCGCCAGUUGGUGGCGUCUGCACGCUCACUAUCGGCCAACGACCUGAGCACGGGCUGCGGCGCACUGGAGCCUCACCGAGAAGUAGGGACGUCGCUGGACGCGGAUCGGCUCGAAGCGACGCUGCUGGGCCGGGAGAUGGAGCAGUCGUUUCGAGCAUCAGGCCGCCGAAUCAUGGCACAGGGUGUGACGACUAUUGCCAGCGUGCGGGGAGGCAGCUUGGUGAGGAGCACCUUUUCGGCCGAGGCAGCCAGCCGCAAGCUUUCGGUGCCCGACCCGCCGCCGGUGUCAGCAGUGCCCCAGACCCGUCCGGCGUCGUGCCACCAGCUAAGCACCAUCCUGGCAGGGAGUGCCAAGGAUGAACUCCCACCUGUGGCCCACGAUAUGGAAACGGUGCAGUGUCAACCAACAGUGAUUUCAACCCAGCUCUAUGAUGAUCUUCGUGGGGACAGUGCGUCUGCCCUAGACUCGGCAAGCGAGGCAAGUGACCUGACCGACACGAGUGCACGGGAGAGGGCACGCAAGAAAGUGACCAAGCGGCGGCGAGCAGUCCAGAUGGAGCAGCGUUGGCCUCGCCUGCUGGUCCUCUCGGUCGAAGGGGGCUCUGUAGUCGAAUGCCAACUUGAGUCAUCCAAGGGAAAGACAGUGACCUUCAAGUUUGACAUACACGACAUGUUCCCUCAAGACAUUGCCAACAACCUGGUGGUGACCAAUCUGCUUGCCGAGCAGCAUGCGGACAUGUUUGUGGAGCAAGUGCAGGACAUUGUGCAGCAGCUCAAGGAGCACCCUGAGCGACUGCCCAUUGUGGCCAGCCAGCCCACCGAUGGGCGCCUCAGUUUUGAAAACAUGGAGAGCAGCAGCAUUGUGCCAGCAGCCAUUCGCCCGGCUGACAAGGAAUUGAGCGAGCCACCUGGGUCGUGCCAAGGCUCGCCAGUGCGCCAGCCCUUGACAGCUCAGCUUCAACAGUUUCAGGCUGCCACUGCUGGUCAUCUGGCACCGAGCCCUGUGGAGGAGCACGAGCCCACGUUGUUGCCACCCUUGCAAAGCAGUGGCCCUCCUCAGGUGGUUGCCAUAGUGCAGCCCCCUACGCCAGUCACCAGGCUGCUUCCCGAAGGGGAUUCCAGUUCACGGUUGACUUCACCAUGUGGCGACGACACACUGAGCUGCUCUUCCUCCACUGCUUUGACGGCUAGCAUCACAACCCCUUCCUCUUCUACAGCUCCUCAAGGGGAAGUGCGGUCAGCAGCAUCUGUGCCAGCAGCAGCAGCCGAGGCAGCCACACCCCACACUACCACUCCACAUGCAUUAAGCAGUGAGAACAGCCUCUCUGAGCCGGAGCCAGGAGGCACACUGCCCCAGCAAGCGUACAAUGUCGUCUCCGAUCUGGGCCACUUGCAGCAGAAAUUGGUGGAGCUGACCACACCAUGCAAUCACCCAUCCACAGACCCCGGGUCAGCCGAGAGCCCUGCAGCCACCAUGGCCACCCCUGUGGAGCCAGCAGCAGCUGCUCCUGCCUCUCCCAAGCAUGUGGCAGCACACAGUGUAACGGUGUCAGUGGCUGCUGUGUCCACGGCACCUGCUGUGGUGACAGUUGCGCCAUCCAGCUCACGGCCUUCGUCGGUGCCUCCCGAGCGCAAACCUGCGGUAGCCACAAACCUGGAAGACUUGAAACUGGAGCUGCAGAAAUUGCAUGGCAACACCAUGAAGAGCAAUAUCGAGCAAGGACUUCAGGCUAUCUUCUCACAGAACACAGUGGCUCCCGUGCUCACACCAGCGCACUCACAGCCACAGGUGCCUCCGCUUUCGGCGUUUGCUGAGCACCCACCCACUGUCUCACAUUCUGUUGGGGCCGUCAUGCCACAGGCACCGUCAGCAGCAGCAGCAGGAGUCUUGUCAGCCCAUUCAGCAGGCCAGAUUUCUUCUGAUGCUGCUGCUGGCAGCAACAUUCCAGUGGUAACGACGGCAGCAGCAGCCUCCGCAUUGCCUGUAUCGGCACCCUGCACCAUGCUGGAACCAGCUGUUGUUACGCGGCCACAAGGCAUACCUCUUGAACAGCCACCACCCCUAUCCUCUGCUGCUGGGUUAUCUGCAGGUCGCUUCUCCCGUUUUCACGUGACCCCUGUGCGUGAUGACCCUCUCCUUGGGAGUUCAAUGAGCCUGCCGUCGACGCCAUCAUCAUCUUUCACCCUGACCCCAGCACCUACCACUGCUCCCUCGGUCAUCGCCAUCGAGGCACCCACUGUUGCCACAACGGCCACCUCACCCAUUCCACCGAUGCCUCCAGCAUCGACGACCACGUGCGAAACGACGGUUGGCAACCAUGUCGAAACGGAAGUGACUCGUGGUGGCUAUGUGGUAAGCACAGCCACUCAAACCAGCAGCACCGAGAUGAAAGCACCACCACCUGCGCCAGUGAGCUGUGGUCGCUUCCAAGUGACCACCGUGGUGGACGAUGUGGCUGCCGCCACUGGGGGUGGUCUGGUGCCAGCCAAGCAACUUAAACCAUCACCGCUUGUUGACCAGCGUACCAAGUGGCAGCCCUCGCCUCCUCCACACUCUCGUCACACCCUGCACCCCGAGCGACCAGCUGCACGAGGCCCUCUUGCUGCACAUCUCUUCAGUCACGACUCAGCGUGUCAGACGCUGGACGACAGCCCCGACCCCUAUGCCACAUUCCCAUACGGUGCAGACAGGCACUUCGACACCUCCCUUGAGCUUGCCCUAGCCAAGAUAAUGCGUGGCUACCUGCGUUCUUCCGACUCUGGUGGCGACCUUUCGUCCCUGUCACAAGCCUCUCUGGAGUCACUGCCCCCCCCGGCCAGUGAGGCGGCGUGGAAAGUGCGUGUGCAUGUGCGCGAUGCCGAGGUGCAGACAGAGCAGCCCGUGCGCAAAAAUGCCUGCGUGGGCACCAUGUCUCCCCAGUCACGGCGCUUCCUGCUCUCUCUGGAGCCCCCGACACUGGCCAAGGCGCGCAGCCUGUCCUCCCUGAGCCCCAACGAAGGCUGCGAACGCUGUGCAGGCCUGAGCCCCGCUGCGUCCCCACCCUGGAGCUCCUCUCCCUGCGGCUCGCCACCACUUCAGCGCCACAGUGCUCCACGCGCAAUCCCAGCGGGUGCCGAGCGAGCACGCGGCACAAGCCUGGUUGACCACGGGCGCAGCCUGUCCUUGAGCCAGUUCUUGGCAGCUCUCACCUCUGACCAGGAACCUGAAGAGCCAGAUGACCCAGAAGAAUUCCUCAAGCAGCUACUAGCACGGCAGCAGCGUGAGCGAGAGGACUUGGAGAAUCGGCACCGUCGUGAACUGGAGUGGUUGCGGCAGUGUCUGCGAGGGGCAGCAUGGCCCCUGUGUGAAGCGCCCAACGGGGCAGGGCCACCGGCACGCCUGCUGCCACAUUCGCAGUCAGCACCACACUUCCUCCCCCCUCGUCACCUGCCACAACCUUUGUCAACGUCACCUGAAUGGCAGCAGCACAGUCUUCCUCCACUGCACCUGUCUUCCUCGCUAGAACAACAACGAGGAGGCCUGGUGCAUCGUUCCAACUCUGAGGGCCUCCCUACAGAGCCCCAUGGCACCAGGGGCCGCACUCGAACCCUCACGGAUGACCUUCUCAGGUUAGUCCAGCUGAAUGGAGCCGUGCGGACAUCGUACCCAACGUCCCUCAGCCCCGAGCCCAAGCCGACGCUUCACCAACUGAUGCAGCAGAGGCACAGCACUGUGGCCUUGAAGGACGGGCCCCCCAUGUAUCCACCAAACAUGCAGUUUGGACGAGGCAUGCAUCGUCAGCAGUGAAAUUGGUGGAUGCACUUUGAGCGCAGUGGUGCAAUAUCUUCAGACCCCAUACUUGGGGGCAGACAGAGGAAAAUGAAUCCCUUUACCACCAUUCUCACACUGCUGUGAGGAGCUCUCUUGUUUAUCGUUUCUCUGCAAUGUAGAUCAACUCUUGCCCGCAGUCACUCACUUCUUAUCGGGUGGCCUGAAGAAAUGUGCUUUUCGUUUAGUGCUUUGAUGAAGAGCUUUCCUUGAACGUCAGAGCGAUAAUUUUUCAAGUAUUUGCAAAUCUGCUGCACAUGGCAAAGGACUGUAUAAACAGGCACCUGAAUAGAUGAGGGAUUAACUUAAAAGGAGAUACUGGUGAAAUUCUCCUCCGCACGGAACAGGAGGAACAGUCUUCCGUGAAAGUCGUCAUGUUUUUAGGUGUCCCAUUUUUAUCUCUCUCUCUUUAUAGCGUGUGAUGUUGGAGCGACUGUCCUGUGAGUGAAUGGUGGUCAAUGCGAGAGGAGAACAUUUGAGUGACCACAGGUGUCAUCUUUGUUUACUCUUUUAUUACUGCAAGCAAAAUAUCUGGUGCUGUGGCAUCAGGACAGUUAUUAGAAUGCUUGCUUACGGAGAAAAAAAUGCAACUUUCUAGCUAAUAUUCGUACAUAUUUAAUAAUAAAAAGAAUGCUGUAUACAA